CCACCACGCAGGGCCGUCUCUAGGCCUGAGGUGCCCACCCUGGCCCCUGCGCCCACCGUUGCCGCCGGAGAAUGAACCAGCCGCAGAGGAUGGCGCCCGUGGGCACGGACAAGGAGCUGAGUGAUCUCCUGGACUUCAGCAUGAUGUUCCCCCUGCCGGUGGCCAACGGGAAGGGCCGGCCUGCCUCCCUGGCCGGCGCCCAGUUCGGAAGCUCAGGUCUCGAGGACCGGCCCAGCUCGGGCUCCUGGGGCGCCGGCGACCAGAGCGCUUCCUCCUUCGACCCCAGCCGGACCUACGGUGAAGGCGCCCACUUCAGCGAGUCCCACGGUGGCCUCUCUUCGUCCACAUUCCUGGGCCCCGGGCUGGGAGGCAAGGGUGGCGAGCGGAGCACGUACACUGCCUUCGGGAGAGACGCAGGGGUUGGCGGCCUGACUCAGGCCGGCUUUCUGCCCAGCGAGCUGGCCCUCAGCAGCCCCGGGCCGCUGUCCCCGUCGGCCGUCAAGGGCGGCUCCCAGUAUUACUCCUCCUACCCCGGGCACGCUCGGCGGAGAGCCGCGGACAGCGGCCUGGACUCGCAGCCCAAGAAAGUCCGGAAGGUGCCUCCGGGUCUCCCGUCCUCGGUGUACCCGCCCAGCUCAGGUGACGACUACGGCAGGGACGCCGCUGCCUACCCGUCUGCCAAGACCCCUGGCAGCGCCUACCCCUCUCCCUUCUACAUGGCAGAUGGCACCCUGCACCCCUCGGCUGAGCUCUGGAGCCCCUCGGGCCAGGCGGGCUUCGGGCCCAUGCUGGGUGGGGGCUCGUCCCCCCUGCCCCUCCCGCCGGGUGGUGGCAGCUCCGUGGGCGGUGGUGGCAGCGGGUUUGGCGGCCUGCACCAGCACGAGCGCCUGGGCUACCAGCUGCACGGCGCGGAGGUGAACGGCGGGCUCCCGGCCGUGGCCACCUUCUCCUCAGCCCCCGCGGCCGCCUACGGCAGCGUCUCCGGCCCCACACCCCCCAUCAGCGGGGCCGACAGCCUCAUGGGCUCCCGCGGGACCACGGCCAGCAGCUCCGGGGACGCCCUUGGGAAGGCGCUGGCCUCGAUCUACUCCCCGGAUCACUCAAGCAAUAACUUCUCGUCCAGCCCCUCGACCCCCGUGGGCUCCCCCCAGGGCCUGGCAGGGACGUCGCAGUGGCCCCGAGCGGGAGCCCCUGGUGCCUUAUCGCCCAGCUACGACGGGGGUCUCCACAGCCUGCAGAACAAGAUGGAGGACCACCUGGACGAGGCCAUCCACGUGCUGCGCAGCCACGCCGUGGGCACAGCGGGCGACGUGCACGGGCUGCUGCCCGGCCACGGGGCGCUGGCCUCAGGCUUUGCCGGCCCUGUCAUGCCGCUGGGCAGGCGGCACGGCGGCCUGGUGGGAGGCAGCCACUCGGAGGACGGCCUUGCGGGCAGCGGCAGCCUCCUGCACAACCACGUGGCCCUGCCCGGCCAGCCCAGCGCCCUCCCCGACCUCCCUCGGCCGCCCAACGCCUACAGCGGGCUCGGGCGCGCGGGCGCCGCGUCGGGCGCCGGCGAGAUCAAGCGGGAGGAGAAGGAGGACGAGAACGCGUCGGCGGCCGACCCCGCGGAGGACGAGAAGAAGGAGCUGAAGCCGCCCCGGCCGCGCACCAGCCCGGACGAGGACGAGGACGACCUUCUCCCCCCAGAGCAGAAGGCUGAGCGGGAGAAGGAGCGCCGCGUGGCCAAUAACGCGCGGGAGCGGCUGCGGGUGCGCGACAUCAAUGAGGCUUUUAAGGAGCUGGGGCGCAUGUGCCAGCUGCACCUCAACAGCGAGAAGCCCCAGACCAAACUGCUCAUCCUGCACCAGGCCGUGUCGGUCAUCCUCACCCUGGAGCAGCAGAGCGUAACCUGAAUCCCAAAGCCGCCUGCCUGAAGCGCCGAGAAGAGGAGAAGGUGUCUGGCGUGGUCGGAGACCCCCAGAUGGUGCUUUCGGCCGCCCACCCAGGCCUGAGCGAGGCCCACAACCCGGCCGGGCACAUGUGAAGGGGCCGCCGCCGAGGGACGAGUGCCCGACCUCGGUCCAGCCCGGGACGGUCCCGCCGGGCGCCCGGUCUCCAUCCCCGACGUGGGCCGGACGGUCCGCUCACACGCCCGUGGGCAGCGUCGAG